UUUAAAGAGUUCUAAAGCAAAUAUCAGUGAAUAAGGAUUUUGGUUUUACUUGUGUGAAGAAAGCCUGGUCAUGGAUCAGUUUGGAUCAGACUGAAGACAUAGAAGCCGAGGGGCCUGGUCAGCAUCCUUCCUUCCUUUUCUUUUCUUUUUUCCUCCUCACUGUCAGUUGCAUUUUGGAUUUUUAGCAGCAUAUUUGAAAACUGAGAUCAAGUCUCUGUUUCUUCUCAGCUGGGCUUUCUCUGGAGACAGUUGAUUCAUUAAAGGUGCAGAUUGAGAUAUAAUUGACAGUAUUUUUUUUUAAAGAUAAAACUCGUCUUGUUUAAAGAUUUGGGGCAUUGUAUGGAAGGGAACAAAUAGGAAAACUAAAACACAGGACCAGCCCUUCAGCAUGCCCCCCACUCCCGCUUGAAAGAAAAAGGAUUUACAGCUCAACCUUGCACCAGCUGUUACCCGGAUUUAGCAGUCAAGAGAGAAAUAAACGAAAUUAAACAACCACUGCCAGACAGCCCUAGUUCCUUGUGGAAUCAGGAGAGAGUGCUUCUGCCUCAGGAGAGGAAGACUUGGGGGUGGGGCAGGGAAUUCCUAUGCGCAAGACUGACAGAUUUGCUAGCAGGAUAACCUUUCAUUCAGCAGCAACCAGCAUGCAUUGCUUUGCACCAAGAUCAGAUUAAAAAAGAAAAGGAGAAGCUUCCCCCAAAAUCUGAGCUGGAAUGUACUGUGGGCCUUGUUUUAAAAAAAACAACCAAAACCUCUGGUGAAAAUCUGGUGUCAUUAUUGAUCAACGUUUUGGGAAUGUGCACCUGGCUCAACCUGCCCAUUUGCUCUUAACAAGUCACGCGGCUUUAUUUGCUACAGUUCUCAGCUCUUUGUGUCACCUUCUGAAGAGGAUCAGCUCUGCAAGCGACUUUCUUUCAAAGUUUGCCUGGUGCAGGAACUUUAGCCACUGAAACGUUAAAUUGGAGCGCAAGCUUAUAUUUUUAAAUAUAUUUUUAAAUUGUCCCCCAGAAAUCUUGGGAGUUGGUAUAGAAUUCUCUUGAUUGUCUGCUUUGACACUUCAGUUCUGAAUACUUAUUUUUUUUCUUUCUGUUGCUGGUACCAGUUCAUCUGGAUUACACUGUAAAUCUGAUCUGAUUCUGGUGUAUCAGUUUCAAGAACCUUUCCCCUUCACACAGUUGCUUUCCUUUUUGAAGGUCCCUCUCCCCAUUUUUGUGUCCAUUCUGACUUCAGUUGGGCCUGGGCUAUGCUGCAGGGCGGAUCAUCCACCAGAUCUCCAACAUGCCAGCAGCAUCUGGAAAGAGAUUCAAACCCAGCAAGUAUGUCCCAGUAUCGGCUGCUGCAAUCUUCCUAGUAGGAGCCACCACUCUCUUCUUCGCUUUUACGUGCCCAGGGCUCAGCUUGCAUCUCUCUCCACUCAUCCCCAUUUACAAUGCUGUGGUCUUCCUCUUUGUGCUGGCGAACUUCAGCAUGGCCACCUUCAUGGAUCCAGGCAUUUUCCCUCGAGCCGAUGAGGAUGAAGAUAAGGAGGAUGACUUCCGCGCUCCACUCUACAAGACAGUGGAGAUAAAGGGGAUCCAGGUGCGCAUGAAAUGGUGUGCGACGUGCCGCUUCUAUCGGCCUCCACGCUGCUCCCAUUGCAGCGUCUGUGACAACUGUGUGGAGGAGUUUGACCAUCAUUGCCCUUGGGUGAACAACUGCAUCGGACGGCGCAAUUACCGCUAUUUCUUCCUGUUCCUGCUCUCACUCACAGCACACAUUAUGGGUGUUUUUGGAUUUGGCUUACUGUAUGUUCUGUAUCAAGUGGAAGAGCUCUCUGGGAUCCGCAUGGCUGUCACUAUGGCUGUGAUGUGUGUGGCUGGCCUGUUCUUCAUUCCUGUGGCUGGCCUUACAGGAUUCCAUGUAGUGCUGGUAGCUAGGGGUCGCACUACUAAUGAACAGGUUACAGGCAAAUUCCGGGGUGGAGUAAACCCAUUUACCAACGGCUGCUGUAAGAAUGUCAGUCGUGUCCUUUGCAGCUCCCCAGCACCCAGGUACCUUGGGCGGCCAAAACCGGAGCAGACUGUGUUGGUGAGGCCACCCUUCCUGCGGCCAGAAAUAUCCGAUGGGCAGAUUGCUGUGAAGAUCAUGGACAACGGGAUCCAGGCUGACCUGAAGAGAGCAAAGUCCAAAGGAAGCCUCGAAGUGACGGAGAGCCAGUCUGCUGAUGCUGAGCCACCACCCCCACCCAAGCCAGACCUCAGCCGAUACACAGGCCUGAGGACGCAUCUAACCCUGGCCACCAACGAGGACAGCAGCUUGCUAGGCAAGGACAGCCCUCCGACUCCAACCAUGUACAAGUACCGACCUGGAUAUAGCAGCAGCAGUACUUCAGCUGCAAUGCCUCACUCCACCAGCGCCAAGCUAAGCCGAGGAGACAGCCUGAAGGAGCCUACCUCCAUUGCUGAGAGCAGCCGAAACCCCAGCUACCGUUCCGAGCCAAGCCUAGAGCCAGAGAGCUUUCGGUCUCCCACCUUUGGCAAGAGUUUUCAUUUUGAUCCUCUGUCCAGUGGCUCCCGCUCCUCCAGCCUCAAGUCUGCCCAAGGCACAGGUUUUGAAUUAGGCCACCUUCAGUCAAUCCGCUCCGAGGGCACCACAUCCACAUCCUACAAGAGCUUGGUGAACCAGACGCGCAAUGGGAGUUUGUCCUAUGACAGCCUUCUCACACCCUCCGAGAGCCCUGACUUUGAGUCAGUGCAGGCAGGCCCGGAGCCAGAUACCCCCGUGGGUUAUACUUCUCCCUUCCUUUCAGCCCGUAUUGCUCAGCAGCGGGAAACUGACCUGCACAGCCGUUUCCCAAGUUCUGGCUCACCUAAGCACCAGCCACCUCGGGAUCCUUCACCAGUCCGCUAUGACAAUCUCUCACGCCACAUUGUGGCCUCCAUGCAGGAGAGGGAGAAGUUGCUGCAGCAGUCCCCCACACCACCACCACCCCCUCUGGCCAGGGAGGAAGACACAGGGCUCGGAGGAGACUCGGGCAUCCAGUCCACACCAGGCUCCAGCCACGCCCCACGCACCAGUUCCUCCUCGGACGAUUCCAAACGUUCCCCUCUUGGCAAGAACCCGCUCACCCGCCCCGUGCCGCCUCGCUUUGGUAAGCCGGAACCCUCCCACGCGCUCAGGGUGCGCUCACUGGGCUCCCCGGACCAGCCUGCAGCCCCCCACUUGGGCAAAUCCGUGUCUUACAGCAGCCAAAAACAGCCGCCCCCGGAGGCCGUCGUCCCGGAGACGGAGGAGGUGGCCCUGCAGCCUUUGCUGGCACCCAAAGGCGAGGUGCAGAUGAGACCCUCCUACAGCAAGUCCAAUGGGCAGCCCAGGAGCCUGGGUUCCGCUUCGCCCACCCCAGGCCAGCCACCUCUCAGCAGCCCCACCCGCGGAGGAGUCAAGAAGGUCUCUGGAGUGGGGGGGACAACAUAUGAAAUUUCUGUAUGAGGAGGGGAAUCUCUCCACUGUCACCUCCUCCCUGGCUGAUGGCAAAGUGCCCCCUGGUCCCUGGUGAGCAAGAAAGAGGGACGUGCUCUGCAGACGGUUACCCUAUCACAUGCUUGGACUAUUUUUUAACAAAUCCAGUUUUUUGAGGCGGGGGAAACCGGUGGAGACAAUUACCUUUUUAAACUAAAACAUCUGGGAUUGGGAGAGUCCCUAAACACUACAGCAGGAUCUCAGCCUUGCUCCUCAGGCGGCACUCUUCCUCUCAGCCAGCCAAGAGACUGCAAUUCGUAGCACACACUGCCGAGAGAGAAGGGGAGGGGAGAUGCUUGCUGUCAGCACUCCUCUGUGGGAGAAGGUGCAAGCGGGUGGCCUGCCCCACUACCCGUGGGACAGUCAGUGGUGGACCUUGUGCAAUCGCUCGCCUCGUGCGGUAGGAGUGGGUCAUUUUUAGUUUUUUUUAUUAUUAUUGUUCUGGAUUCUAUUUUUUCCCUCUUCUGAGUUACUGGGUGUGUGUAUAUAUAAAUAUAUAUAAAUAUAAAUAUAAAAAGAAAUUAUAUAUCUACCCUUAUUGAGGGAGGCAGACCCAGGCAGAGCUUGUUAGCAGGGCCUGAGGAAACAUGUAUAAAGCAUUUAAGUUCAUGCAAGUCUGAAUGACUGUAUCAGAUCAGUCACUUGCUUUGUGGGUCAGGCAGCCGAGACCAUGAGGACAGCCCUGUCAGACAGCCACCCCAGGACAGGUCGGGCUGAGGAAGGGUCUCGCUCAACAUGACAUUUGACCUUGUUGCGAUCUGCCUGGCUAUCCUAGUGACUCUAGCUUACCCUUCCUCUCCCAGUUGGGCAUGAUCCUGACUAGUUUACCCAGCGCCUGGCUCAUCCAUUCCAGGACAUGGAGGGGAAGAGCAAAGUCCAUCCUCUUCCGAAUCCCCGUAUACCUGGGCUGUAUCCUGCUGGGACUUGGAAGUUUCAGGAAGACCAAGGGAGACUUUGAAGUCCUGUGUUUCUAACUUCCAGGCAGCCUUGGACGCCAAGGAAACUCUUCUCAGUGAACAGGUGUCAUCCACAGCCAGCGAGGCAGAUCGACACGCGAGGCACUGAUUGUGCACUAGGGGCAUGGAAAGGUGCUUGGUUGGGGUGUUCUGCAGGGAAACGGUAGCCGUGGCAUUGGGGGCUGGGUCCCUUUCAUGUAUUUAGUAAAACCUUCUCCCAGGUGGUGUUCCUUUUUUCUUUUCUUUUUUUACAUUGCUUUUAUGAAUGGCUCCAUAUUGAUUUCCUGUGGUGUCACAGUUAUUUCCAAAUUGGGCAAGAGAAAGAAGAGGAAAAAACAGAAAACCAAAAAGCAAUAUUUUUUCAUAUGCCAAAAAUGUCUCUUUACCCAUGAAAGUAAAGCACACACACACUAUUUUUUCCAUAUGCCAAAAAUGUCUUUCUACCCAUGAAAGUAAAAACAAAACAGCAGUCCAGGAAUCCAACAGUUGCCAAGCACUACUGACUCUUUCUCUAUGGCAAUAUCUUUACUGUGCUCUCCACAGAGCCACACUUUUAUUUUUAUUAUGAUUAGCCAUUUUAAAAUGAGGAAUAAAAAGAUACAAUGAACCAC